CGGUACCUGCGACGCUCGUUGGGUCUCCUUGCGUUCGCUCUCCUUGCCUCUUCCCCCACCUCUUACGAAAGUAUGAGCCAGUUCGAUACCUCCAGUCUCUUCAAUGUUGCUGGGAAAGUGGUCCUAGUGACCGGUGGGAGUCGCGGGAUUGGGAAAAUGAUUGCCGCUGGUUUUGUUAAGAAUGGCGCAAAGGUGUACAUCUCGUCGCGAUCCGCGAAAGACUGCGAAGCCACUGCCAAAGAACUCAAUGCGCUGGGCUCGGGGCAAUGCAUCUCUAUCCCAGCGGAUUUGCAGAAGGUUGAUGAGGUGGAGAGGUUGGUUAAGGAGCUUUCGUCAAAGGAGAAGGCGCUGCAUGUGCUCGUGAAUAACGCUGGUGCUGCUUGGGGUGCUACCAUUGACGACUAUCCUGACGCGGCAUGGACGAAGGUCCUCACCCUUAAUCUUCAGCGGGUGUUUACGCUAACCCAGAAGAGUCUACCUCUUCUGCGUGCCGCUGCCGACGCGGGAGGCAGAAGGGGCGCGGCGUACAACGAUCCGGCUCGCAUAAUCAACAUUGGUUCCGUGGAGGGCUUGGGUGUACCAAACCACGAGACGUACGCCUACUCCGCCUCCAAGGCCGCGCUGCACCAUUUGAGCCGUAACUUCGGUGGCCGCCUGGGCUGGGAAGGCAUUCAUAGCAAUACCAUUGCUUGUGGACCCUUCGAGAGCAAGAUGAUGGCACAUACGCUCAAGACAGCCGGUGACGUUAUUGUGUCUGAAAUCCCUGCGCACCGCAUUGGUACACCUGAGGAUGUUGCCGGUACAGCACUAUUCUUGGCCAGUCGUGCGGGCGCAUAUGUGAACGGCGCUACUAUCGCCCUGGACGGCGGUCACUUAGCGAGAAUGCCCAUCGCAGCCCACGCAAAAUUGUAGCGGCAUAGAUGACGUUCUGGGCCAUUACGAGCCCUCCGUAUCUGUGUCAUCCUUAUAUUAGCCUGCGGUGUACAUGAGGAAAGUAUCUGUAAUAUCUCUUGCCCGAAAUGUGAAUGGAACUGGUGAGGUCCAACUCCCGCAAAUACUACGCAGUCACCCCAAGUGCUUUCUGUAUUUUCCG